CUGCAAAGUAAGCACUGACGCGAGCGAACUCAAAAGCUGGACAGAAAGACCAUCCACCGAACUUUAUACCGACUUCGAAUCACCAAGAUGCACGACGACGAGGCAGAGUACUGGUCACGUCUCGAGUCCACUCAACGGCAGUGGUACCCUGGGUUUGUUAAACAGGUAUCUAGCCAACUCGGGGCCGAGCAAGAUGAAGGGCAAGUGGCCGUCAUCACAUUUCAAGAUGGAGUUAAGCCACACGUCCGGGUUUUCACCAAGUCAAAGGAUUUGCGUCGCUACCUGGACAGUAACUCUCCUCCGCCAUCGUCGCCAAACGUACCCGAAUGCAGACGAAUGUUUGUCCUAGAGGGGCUCCCGAAGAAGUUUAUACAGCUUCUGGGAUCCAGGCUCCGAGUUCCCCCUUCGUUCUUUGCCGCGCAUUGGGUGCAGCCAGGGAAGUUUGUCGCCAGCCUGUUGAACCAGACGCUGCGAUCCUACGACAACCAGACCCGCUUCACGCUGGCAUCCCCAAAACUGCAUCGUGCAAAGAUCCAGGGAGAACCGGGCGAUGAUGCCGACCCAGUGUAUUUCAUGCAGUCAAGCAUUACCCGCCAGCUAGGCCGCGAUUCUUUGUUUGGGGAAUUCGAAGGCCCCCUCUGGAGUUAUGAAAUUGUAUCGUUCUGGAGCGCGUGUGAUCGGGGGUCCUGGGAUGCCCUGCUACUGGUUGACCCACCCCUCGGAAACUCCGUCAUGUGGACAGACGAUCCUCGGCCUCGGCUCGUCGUUCAUGAGAGUCCGGAGAAUGGAAACGUCCCGGGUAUCUCCAAAGAUGGGUGGAGUCAAGACGGAUCUUGGUAUCCUCCCUUUCCCGUUGGCGGCGCCGGCGAGGCACCUGGGAUGAAGUCCGUGUUUGAUGACCUGGUCCGUCUAUACCCAUCUCAGCAGUAUCAAUCAACCGCAGAUCCCAUCACCUGCACCGAUAUCUGCAAACAGCUAGUCCUCUCGGCAUGGACAGCUCGACUCCGCGUUCUGGAAGCCGAGGUGAUCCGGAAGCAGUACGAGAUGAGCAUCGGCCCGAGAACGCCCACCUUCAACCCUCGCACCCGGCCCCCUCCAGCCUGGACGCAUCCAUGGACCGACGAAGAGUUCGGCCGGCUCGUGCGGGCAAAGUCAGUCCUCGAAGGCACGAAAACGACCCUCUUCUACAACCUGGACGCCCUCGGAGUCGGCGGAGAGAGGCAGAUGGGCGAGGAAUGGGAGACAGCGGCGUGGAAAAGCUUGCAAAACGCCCUGCUGACUCUCAAGACGAGAGUCGAUAUCAUGUCCGAGGCAUACACCUUGGCCGUGUCUGUGCGGGAGAGUAUUGUCGCCAACGCGCAGGCCCGCCAGGUGGGAUACCUGACAUCGCUCGCGACUCUCUUCAUUCCUGUCUCCUUCAUUGCCGCUGUGUUCUCCAUGGGGGGAGACUAUGCUGCCGGCGAGCGAAAGUUUUAUGUAUUCUGGGCCAUCUCUCUUCCCAUUGCGGUUGUGGCUUCGUGUCUUUAUCUUUUUGGGGGUUUUAUCUUGGGCGUGUUGCGAAAGUACUCGGUUACUCGGGAGGGAGAAAAGUCUCCUGUGUAGCGGGAGAGGAACUGAACUACUACUGCUUUUUUUUUUGUUGCUUAGGAGCUAACUUGCUACUAUAUGGUCUAGAAUAUUCAACCUUGAAUGUUCUGCGAUCGAAUAAGGUGGUAAUCAAUGGUGAUUAAAUGGUUGUGUUAAGGAUGACCGCUGC